AUGCACCACUCCUUCCUGGACCGUGCCAGCGAGGGCCGCAAAAUGACACAGCGCAGGUGGCUGACGCUCAUCCAGCACGUCCAAGAGCAACAGGGCGGUGCCAACGGCGAUGGCCAGGAAGGCGAUGUGGCUGUGGAUGUGUUCUCGCCUCGCGACGAGGUGGAGGAGCUGUAUGACAGCCGGAGGAGGGACGAGAGGACAGAGAUCAGCGCGCAGGGUGUGUCGAAGAAAUUGGAUCUCGAGGAGGAGGAGCACGGGCUGAUGGUGACGCACUCGAUCGAGAAUUGGAUGAAUGUGAUGCGGGAGACGCAGGCGCAGGCGCGGAGCAGGAAGGCCAUUCCCACCCCCGCCAGGAGCCGCGCGGUGCUGGACCUCGGCACCGAGAUGCAGCGCAUGGUGCCGCCGCCCCAGGCGCUGCCCCUGAGGCGCCAGGAGGGCCCCGCCGGAUCGUCAGGUUCCGUGGGGUCCGAGGGCCGGUGGUCGGGCGCCAGCGGCAGCGGCGGGGAGAGGCCGGGGGGCUCUUCGAGGGCGCCGCCGGGCGUCGGCCUGAGAUUGCAGCGGCGGGGUGACAGCAGCGCGGGGCGGCCGCCAAUUGAAGACUCAAGUCGGAUCGAGUAG